AUGGGGAGUGGAAGAGGUGCAACUGGGGUGAUGAAAGGUUCCAAUGAAGAAGAUGUUAUUGGAAAGAAUGAGGAAGAAAAGUGGCCACCAUGGAUUAGGCCACUUCUCCAAACAAGUUUCUUUGUUCAAUGCAAAGUUCACUCAGAUUCCCACAAAAGUGAAUGCAACAUGUAUUGUUUGGACUGUAUGAAUGGAGCCCUUUGCUCUGCCUGUCUUGCUUCUCACAGAGAACACAGAGCUAUUCAGAUAAGGAGAUCUUCAUACCAUGAUGUGAUAAGGGUGUCAGAGAUACAGAAAUUUGUGGACAUAACAGGGGUCCAAACUUACAUUAUAAACAGUGCCAAGAUUGUGUUCUUGAACGAAAGGCCGCAGCCUAGGCCUGGCAAAGGAGUCACCAACACCUGCCAAGUCUGUGAGCGCAGCCUUCUUGAUUCAUUCAGCUUCUGCUCUCUUGGUUGUAAGAUAGUUGGAACCUCCAAGAAGUUCCGGAAGAAGAAAAUGUUAGCUGAGACAGAUGGGUCGGAUGGUGAAGAAUCAAUAAAUGGCAUCAGCAAUGAAACAAGAAACAAAAUCCAGAGCUUCACACCAUCAACACCACCACCAACAGUGGCAAAUUACAGGACUGCUAAGAGGAGAAAGGGUGUCCCACAUAGAGCUCCAAUGGGGAGUGCCCUUAUAAUAGAAUACUACUAA